CAUUUUUACUCUCUCUGUGCAAAUCUAAAGCUCGAGUUGUUUUCAGUGAUUGCUUCCAAUGGCUACCGAAGGUCAAAAGUUUGCUCCUCAAAAGCAACCAACGCAGCCGGGGAAAGAGUACAUCAUGGACCCACCUCCUCAGUUCUCAAGCUUUCAAUACAAGCCCUCAAAUAAGCUUCUCGGCAAGGUGGCAUUGGUGACAGGUGGCGACUCGGGGAUCGGGCGAGCCGUGUGCCACUGCUUCGCACUCGAGGGCGCCACUGUGGCAUUCACCUACGUGAAGAAAGAGGAGGAGAAAGAUGCUCAAGAUAUGCUUCAGAUGCUGCUGGAGUCUCAGGCCGCCAACGCCAAGCGGCCGAUUGCGAUUGCCGUCGAUCUGGGGUUCGACGAUAAUUGCAGGAGGAGGGUGGAGGAGGUGGUGGCCGCUUACGGCCGGAUUGAUAUUUUGGUAAACACCGCUGCAGAGCCGCACAAGGCGGAGUCGGUGGAGGAGAUUGAUGAGCAGAGGCUUGAGAGAGUUUUUAGAACCAACAUAUUCUCACAGUUCUUCAUGGCCAGGCACGCGCUGAAGCACAUGAAGGAAGGCAGCUCGAUCAUCAACACAACAUCGGUAGUCGCCUACAAGGGCAGCCCACAGCUCCUCGACUACACAGCGACAAAAGGCGCGAUCGUUGCCUUCACCAGAGGUCUGGCCCUUGAGCUAGUGAGUAGAGGGAUACGAGUGAAUGGAGUUGCACCAGGUCCGAUAUGGACGCCAUUGAUCCCGGCAUCGGUCGAUGAAGAAGAAGUCAGAAGGUUCGGGUCUCAUGUUCCGAUGAAACGAGCUGGGCAGCCCGUGGAGGUUGCUCCAUCGUAUGUGUUCUUGGCCUGCAACCACUGUUCUUCCUACUUCACUGGUCAAAUCCUCCAUCCCAACGGUGGGACUAUUGUGAAUGGGUAAUUAUAAUGUGUGUUGAAUCUUCUUCCUAGAACGGCAGGCUGGCUGUGUUCUUCAAAAAAUUAUUUUAAAAAAAAUGGUGUUCUUGUUUAUAAUUCUCUCUUUAGGGGGAAAAAAGUGCUAUAUAUGUGUGCUUGCAUCUUUCUCUAAUGUGGUGGAACUGUGUCUAUAUGUGAAUCCAUCAAAUAAAAAAUAUAGUUGAGUGGCUUCUAAAUUUAUUCCGGUUUGUUUUGGUAAAUUUGAAGAAAGAUGUAUUUCAUACUUUCAAUCGAAU